CACAUGUACCCCUAAUAAAGAAGGCCAUGGCGCUUCUCCCCUUGUCCUCGUCCUUGCGAUAAUGACCCCUCCUUCCACCAUUACUGCACCCAUUGCUACAGACGCUGGUUCUUCAUAUAUGCACCAAACCCCUUCGCAUUUCCUUCACCACCGCACAGUGGCUUUAGUGCAUGGUUGAUGUUUGUGGUUCGUUCCGGUUGUAGGGCACGAUGAAGAGGCAUCCACUUCCGUCUUUUGGAUACUGGGAUUACUGUGACGAGCUCCUUUCCGCCCAUUACUUCGAGUCAGCAGUGCAGGCUGGAGUGAUCCGAGGCCAUUAUUUUGGCGAAGAUAGCGAUCUCUUUUACCACAGAAAGGUGAUCAAAAAGGUCGGUAAUGCAGGAGGAGAGAAGCAGCAGCAUGGCAAAGAGCAGCAGAGGAAGCUAGUCAAGGUCAGUGACAUGAAGCUCCAAACCACCCCAAGGAGGCCUCGAGCUCUCAAGGCUGUGGAUGAAGACCUGUACAAGAUCCCACCUGAGCUCCUCUACCAAAAGCCCAAGCGGAAGCGGUCGUUAAGGAAGCUGUGGUCGGGAUGUAUGGGAAUCAACAGCGUUGCCUGAGAGGAUGCAACGGUGAUGGAGUGAGGAGGAGGACUGCACUGCAUGCAGAAGCUUUAGCGUCAACUGGGGGUCUAUUUUUGUACUUAUUGCAGCUGCUGCUGUUGUCUAUCGAUGUGAUGUGAUAUAACGUUGGAACAGUGAGUUGGUCAGAA